CGACUCCCCUAAAGAAGCUGAGAUGACUUCUUCCAACGUACUUGACUACUUUCCCAUUAUUGGUCUCUUCACAGCCAGUGCGUACAUUCUUUCUUCAAUCCCUAAAUAACGGUACCUACUGCUUCCUCUUAGAAAUUUUUUAAAAAUGGCGGUGGGGACAAUGGCUGAGCCGAUUGAGAUAGUGAAAGCUCGCUGUGACAAGAGGGAGUACAGAAGAGUCGUUCUUGAUAACUCUCUUCAAGCUCUUCUCAUUAGCGAUCCUGAAACUGAUAAGUGUGCUGCUUCAAUGGAUGUCUCUGUAGGCUCUUUUAGUGAUCCCAAGGGUCUUGAAGGCCUUGCCCAUUUUCUUGAACAUAUGCUUUUUUUUGCCAGUGAGAAGUAUCCCUUGGAAAAUAGCUACUCAAACUACAUCUCAGAGGAGCUGGCAUCGAGGAAGAUGAUUGGCAGUGCUAGAGAGGAAGAUGGACUCUAUGUCUUUGAUGAAGGAACUAAAUUGAAUAAACAAGCAUGGAGGGUCGACAAAUGCUUUUACAUCUUCUGAACACACUAACUUUUACUUUGAUGUUAACAAUGACGGUUUUGAAGAAGCUUUAGAUAGAUUUGCUCAGUUUUUCAUCAACCCAUUGAUGUCGGCUGAUGCUAUAACAAGGGAGAUAAAAGCUGUUGAUUCGGAAAAUCAAAACAAUUUACUAUCCGAUGGUCACAGAAUCUAUCAGCUUGAAAAACACCUGAGCUCAAGUGAUCAUCCAUACCACAAGUUUGGGACAGGGAGCUGGGAUACUUUGGAAGUACGACCAAAGGAAAGAGGGUUAGAUAUAAGGCAGGAGCUUCUCAAAUUCUAUGAGGAAAAUUAUUCAUCCAACGUGAUGCAUCUGGUUGUUUAUGCAAAAGAUAGCCUUGAUAAAACCCAAAGCCUAGUACAGAAUGUCUUCCAUAAAAUCCAAAAUACUACUAGAAGUUGUGCUCUUGAUUGUGGCCAGCCUUGCACAUCAGAGCAUCUACAGAUUCUCGUCAAAGCAGUCCCUAUAAAGCAAGGUCACAAGUUGAGCAUCAAAUGGCCAGUCACCCCUGAGCUCUUUCACUACAAGGAAGGACCUAUCAGCUAUAUAAGUCACUUGAUUGGCCAUGAAGGAGAAGGUUCUUUAUUUUACAGUUUGAAGAAGUUAGGUUGGGCUACUAGCUUAUGGGCUUCUGAAUCAGGAAGAUGUCGGUUCUUCUCUUUUUUUGAAGUAUAUAUUGAACUGACUGAUGUUGGUCAUGACCAUUUUGAGGAAGUUGUAGGAUUGCUUUUCAAAUAUAUUCACCUCCUUCAAGAAAAUGGUGUCUGCAAAUGGAUAUUUGAGGAGCUCUCUGCUAUUUCUGAAACUGAUUUUCAUUAUCAAGACAAGAUUUCGCCCAUUGAUUAUGCGGUUUGUAUUGCGUCCAAUAUGCGGGACUACCCUCCAAAAGAUUGGUUGGUGGGGUCUUCUUUACUUUCAAAUUUCAGCCCAGAAAUUAUUGGAACAAUACUCAAUGAACUCACUCCACAUAAUGUUAGAAUAUUUUGGCAAUCUCAAAAUUUUGAGGGACAUACGAACUCCACUGAGCCUUGGUAUGGGACUGCAUAUUCUUCUGAGAAAUUAACUGGUUCCACUAUUGAGCAAUGGAUGAAAGAUGCUCUUCUUGAAGAUUUGCAUCUCCCUGUUCCCAAUUUGUUCAUUCCUAAUAAUCUCUCUCUUAAGAGUAUCCCAAACAAGAUGAGUGCUCCAUUUUUAUUGAGAAAAUCCGCUUACUCAAGAUUAUGGUACAAGCCAGAUACAUCAUUCUCUACACCAAAAGCAUAUAUUGUGUUAGACUUUAGAUGUCCCAACUGUGGAAUAUCUCCAGAAUCAUCUCUUCUUACCAACAUUUUCCUGCGCUUGGUGAUGGAUGACCUAAAUGAAUACGCCUACUAUGCAGAGAUGGCUGGUCUUGGUUAUUCUGUAAAUAGCUACUAUAACGGUUUCCAGGUAUCUGUUGGUGGAUACAGUGAAAAAAUGACAACCUUGCUGGAGAAAGUAAUUGAUAAACUUUUGAACUUUGAAGUUAAACCAGAUAGAUUCUCUGUCAUAAAGGAAUUGGUGACCAGAAAAUACAAAAAUAUCAAGUGCCAACAACCUUACGAGCAAGCAAUGUACUACUGCUCAUUGACACUCCAGGAAAAAAGAUGGUCUUGGGAUCAUGAACUACAAGUCCUUCCUUCUCUUGAUGUUGAUAGUCUCUCUAGAUUUUACCCUUUGUUGCUGUCAAGAACUUUUCUAGAAUGCUAUGUGACAGGAAAUACCGAAUCAAAUGAAGCAGAGUCAGUGAUCCAACGCAUUGAAAAUUUACUUUACAAGGGACCACAUCCUGUCUCCCGGGCUUUAUUUGCAUCUGAGCAUUUGACAAGCCGAGUCAUUGAUCUUGCACAAGGCACACCAUAUUUAUACUAUACAGAGGGACUAAAUCCAAGUGAUGAGAACUCAGCUUUCUCACAUUAUAUUCAGGUUGGCCUUGAUGAGUUUGAGCUGAAUGUAAAGCUCCAACUUUUUGAAUUGAUAGCAAAGCAACCGGCCUUUGACCAACUGAGGUCUGUUGAGCAGCUCGGUUACAUUACUUCACUUUCUCGGAGGUAUGAUUCUGGAGUUUGUGGGUUGCAAUUUAUUGUCCAAUCAUCUGUUAAGGAUCCUAGCUAUGUGGAGUCCCGAGUUACGGAGUUUCUUGCCACAUUCAAGGGUAAGCUGUCAGAGAUGUCCAACGAUGAAUUUAAGAACAAGGUCAAUGCACUUAUUGAUGUGAAGCUUGAAAAGUUUAAGAAUCUAGGAGAGGAGACUGAUUAUUUCUGGUGGGAAAUUUCUGGUGGAACUUAUAAGUUCAAUAGGGUAGAAAUGGAGGUUAAAGCACUGAAGCAACUGACCAAAGGGGACUUGGUUGAUUUCUUUGAUGAGUAUGUCAGUGUGAAUUCUCCCAAGAGAAAGACAUUAAGCGUGCGAGUCUAUGGUAGCUCUCAUUCAUCAGAGUACAAAGCUGAGAAAACUGAGUCAGCAGGUCCCAACUUUGUUCGGAUCGAGAAUGUUUUUAGUUUCAGGAGAUCCCGCCCUCUGUAUCCCUCGUUCCAAG